GCUAAAUUCUCAUUUAAUUUAAGUCUCCAAGACAUAUCAAUCAAUUAAUCAAUCACGCGUUGUAAUCGCAAAUCAUCGUACGAUUUACGUACGGUCUCAGCUAGAAAUGUUAAUUCAAGAGUCUUUCCACGAUGUGUCAACCAAGGCAGAUGGGAAUGGAGCCAUGCGUAUCUAUGUGUUCCAUCCCACUAUCCCUGGUUAUCCAAAGGCCCGAUUCCCUGGCGUAGUGGUAUUCAGUGAGAUCUAUCAAGUGACUGGACCUGUUUCGCGGUUUGCUAGGCAAAUCGCUGGUCAGGGAUAUAUUUGCGCUGCUCCCUCUAGCUAUCACGAAUUCACCGGUCCAGAGCCAUUGGAAUACAAUGCCGAGGACACGGAUAAAGGCAACAAAUGGAAAGUCAGCAAGAAACUUGCUGCGUACGAUGAGGACGCAUCACUGUGUGUCGACUAUCUCUUGUCACUGCCCACGUGCAAUGGUCGAGUGGGCGCGACGGGUAUGUGCCUUGGCGGUCAUCUUGCGUACCGCUGUGCGUUGGAUAGUCGAGUAAAGGCGGCAGUAUGCUACUUCGCAACAGACAUCCAUAGCAAGACCCUUGCCGCCGGUAAAAACGAUGAUAGCUUAGCCAGAGCAGAGGAUAUUAAAGGAGAAUUGAUAAUGAUCUUCGGGAAAAACGAUAACCAUGUCCCACCGGAAGGAAGAGACUUGAUUCGCAGAACACUUCAUGACAAGGGGGUCUUGUUUAGCUUUUAUGAGGUGGCUUGGGCUCAGCACGCAUUUAUUCGUGAUGAACUGAGCAAGGGACGAUAUGACCCCGCCAUCACCAAGGUUUGUUUCGAGAUGCUACUCGAGCUGUUUGGACGGACCCUGAAACUGGAUCUGGGUGAGCACGAUGGCAAGAAAUUGGAGAUCGAGGAUGUAUGUUGAAAAGCUCGUAUAACCUGUAGAAUCGCAGGAGUACGCAGUGGUUGCGUACG